AUGCUGCUUUGGAUUCUGUUGCUGGAGACGUCUCUUUGUUUCGCUGCUGGAAACGUUACAGGGGACGUUUGCAAAGAGAAGAUCUGUGCCUGCAACGAGAUAGAAGGGGAUUUGCACGUAGACUGUGAGAAAAAGGGAUUUACCAGCCUGCAACAUUUCACCGCCCCAACUUCCCAGUUUUACCAUUUAUUCCUGCAUGGAAAUUCCCUGACUCGACUUUUCCCUAAUGAGUUUGCUAACUUUUACAAUGCAGUCAGUUUGCACAUGGAAAACAACGGUUUGCAUGAGAUUGUUCCUGGGGCUUUUCUUGGGCUGCAGCUGGUGAAACGCUUGCACAUAAACAACAACAAGAUCAAAUCGUUCAGGAAGCAGACUUUCCUGGGGCUGGACGAUCUGGAAUACCUCCAGGCAGAUUUUAAUCUAUUGCGGGAUAUUGACCCGGGAGCAUUUAGGGAUUUAAACAAGCUAGAAGUGCUGAUUUUAAAUGACAAUCUCAUCAGCACCUUGCCCCCCAACGUGUUUCAGUAUGUGCCGAUCACCCACCUCGACCUCCGGGGAAACCGUCUUAAAACCUUGCCUUACGAGGAGGUUCUGGAGCAGAUCCCAGGCAUUGCUGAAAUCCUGCUAGAGGAUAACCCCUGGGACUGCACUUGCGAUCUGCUGUCGUUGAAGGAAUGGCUAGAAAACAUACCCAAAAACGCUUUGAUCGGCAGAGUGAUUUGUGAGGCUCCCACUAGGUUGCAGGGCAAAGAUUUAAAUGAGACCACAGAGCAAGAGCUGUGCAAAAAGAACAGAGUGGAUUCUAGCCUAGCUGCUCCCCCUGCCGAAGAAGAAACCUGCGAUCCUGGUCCCAUUCCAACCCCCUUUAAAAUACAUGGCAAAGAAGACCCUGCCGUGCCAGGAUCUGGUCCAAACGGAGGUACAAAGAUUCCUGUCAACUGGCAAAUCAAGACCAGACCCACUGCUGCCGUGUCGACAGUCAGCGCGAAAAGCAAGAUAUCGGCUACUGUCUCCUGCCCGCAGAUCUGCAGCUGCGAUCAGAUCCCUGGCUCGGGCUUAAAGGUUAAUUGCAAUGACAGGAAUGUGAGCAGCCUGGUGGAUUUGAAGCCCAAGCCAUCCAAUGUGCAGGAACUGUUUCUGAGAGACAACAAAAUACACACCAUCAGGAAAUCACACUUUCUGGAUUACCGGAAGCUGAAUUUACUCGAUCUGGGCAACAACAACAUAGCCACCGUCGAGAACAACACCUUCAAGAACCUCUUUGAUCUCCGAUGGCUCUACAUGGAUAGCAACUACUUAGACACCCUAUCCCGGGAGAAAUUCGCUGGGCUGCAAAACCUGGAGUAUCUGAACGUGGAAUUUAAUGGGAUCCAGCUGAUCAUGCCAGGCACCUUCAACGCGAUGCCCAAGCUGAGAGUCCUCAUCCUUAACAACAACCUGCUGAGGUCUCUCCCCGUAGACGUGUUCGCCGGGGUCUCGCUUUCCAAACUGAGCAUACACAACAAUUAUUUCAUGUACCUCCCGGUGGCCGGGGUGCUGGACCAGCUCACCUCCAUCACCCAGAUCGACCUGCACGGCAACCCGUGGGACUGCACUUGCCCUAUCGUGCCUUUCAAACAGUGGGCGGAGAUGCUACGCCCCAAGGUGAUUAUGAGCGACUUGAGAUGUGAGUCCCCUGAAGAUUUCUUCAAGGAGGAUUUCGAGUCUCUCUCCAACGACGUGAUUUGCCCUCAGUUAAAAAUCUCGCCCACAUUAACUUCUACCAACAAAAACAGCACCGGGUUGACAGAGACAGGUACUCACUCCAACUCCUACUUGGAGACCAGCCGGGUCUCUAUUUCGGUGCUGGUGCCGGGGCUCCUGCUGGUUUUUGUGACCUCUGCCUUCACGGUGGUUGGCAUGCUAGUGUUCAUCCUGAGGAACCGAAAGCGGUCCAAGAGGAGGGACGCCAACUCCUCUGCAUCUGAAAUCAACUCCUUGCAGACGGUCUGUGAUUCGUCCUACUGGCACAACGGGCCCUACAGCGCCGAUGGGGCCCACAGGGUUUACGACUGCGGCUCCCACUCCCUGUCGGACUGA